AGAUGGCCGCCACAUGUGACGCAUGCCCAGAGUUUCCUCUAAUGUUUUAUGUUUCGUUUUGUGGACUGACUGACACGUCCCUCUCACCAAAACACUAAAGCAGGAAGAACAAAGCUCGGCCUACGCCUCUUUCCUCUGGACACACACCAGGCGGAUGUGGAUUUUCUAGUCCUCUUCCUUGUUCUGUGGAGUCGUCCAUCAAACAGACAAUAUGAACGUGUUUGAACGCAACAUCAACUUUGAUGCUCUCUUCAAGUUCUCCCAAAUCUCUCACUCGACACAGUUGCACCUGAAGAAUGUGUACUCGAGUUUGGCCGUGUGUAUGUUUGUGGCGGCCGCCGGCUCUUACGUCCAUGUGGUCACCAGGCUCUUCCAAGGUGGUCUGCUGUUGCCUCUGGGCUCUCUGGCUCUGAUGGUGUGGCUCGCCAUGACUCCUCACAGCCCCGAGACGGAGAAAAAGAGACUGGGCAUCCUCGCGGGCUUCGCCUUCCUCACAGGUCUUGGUCUUGGUCCCACUCUGGAUUUCGUGAUUGCUGUCAAUCCAAGCAUCAUUGUGACUGCGUUCCUGGGCACCUCAGUGAUCUUCAUCUGUUUUACUCUGAGCGCUCUGUACGCCCGGCGCCGCAGCUACCUGUUCCUCGGAGGCACUCUGAUGUCCAGCCUCUCUCUGCUCUGUGUCCUGUCUCUGGUCAACCUGUUCGUCGGCUCUGUCAUGGUCUUUAAGAUGAACUUGUACCUGGGGCUGCUGGUCAUGUGUGGCUUCGUGCUGUUUGACACUCAGCUCAUCAUCGAGAAGGCCGAGAAUGGAGACAAGGACUACGUCUGGCACUGUGUGGACCUGUUCCUGGACUUCAUCACCAUCUUCAGGAAACUCAUGAUCAUCCUCUCCAUGAAUGAGAAGGACAAGAGAAAGGAGAAGAAGUAGACGUGUUUUAAUAAACUCCAACAGGCACAAUUCAAAUUUCACUUUUUGUCUUUAAAACUGUUCUGGGUUUGUUCCAAGAAAUAAACUAAUCUUUGGUUUGAAACAGCAGCCAACCCGAAUGUACGUUUACAAAAACUAGACUAACGCUGCAGUGACCAUGCUCGGCCUCUAGAGGGGAGUGUAGAUCAGUGCUUAUGAAGAUUUUCAGUUCAAUUUAGUGCCAUAGACUUCUGUUAUAAUUUAGUGAAGCAAAAACGAAUAUUUGUGAGUUAAAAUAACUUAAACUCAAAUCAGUUUUUUGUAGCUUUGACCAGAUAAAGGCGCACUAUAACUUUUCUGCCAGGAGUCCUCCAUAAAGCUUUGCCUGAAUGUUUCCCAAUAAGGCAUUAAACAUACAGUAUCUAUCCAGCAUUUAUCCAAUUAUUGUUUUUUUUUUUUUUUGCUCAGCAUUUAUUCUUCGUGUGAGCAGGGUUGCCUCUUCACAGAUCUGGCCUAUAACUUGACCUGGUGGCUGCUUCUUCUUGUUUCCAUGGAGAUAAAUAACAUAAUGCCGUACUGUGGAACAUUCUAAGCAAAACAAUAUGGCACCAAGCGCCAAAAACACAGUUGUGUACCUUUUAAGAUUUUUGACAUGCCAUUUUGAUUUCCAUUUGAAUUUAUAAUUUUAGUUUCAAGUAACAAAAUGACGCUGUAAAUGUGACCUUCUAGUUUAUUUUUUGAUGCAGUCGUUUUGCCUUGGAAUAAAAAUCAGAUAUAAAGGUUAUGCAGAAGAAACCCAACCUUAUUAUCCCAACCGUUCUUAGUGAGUGGCACAGGUAUAUGUCUAUGGUGAGUGAUGGAAUUUUCUUCUGUAAAAGCUCAAGACACGUGUAAAAUUUGAAAGAGCUGCUGCAGUUUAAUGAUACAUACAAUUCUGCAAAAUAAUGACUUUAUAGCUGAUACCUUAAACAAGAAAUUCAAGUUGACAGUAGAAAAGCACAGGGGCACUGCAGACUACAACAUAUUUGUCACUGAUACAGACUUUGAAUCAGAUACUGUUGAAACAAAUCUUUCUCUCCUUAAAUCUCAUGUUUGAGUGAUGAGAAAAUAAUUAUUGUGGGACAAAAACAACAGCUCCACAGACACAAAUAAGACGGUAAAAAGCAAAGAAACACCUUUUGACUGCUCAGUGCCACUCACAGCAUAACCUUUUAUGUAGAAACCACAAACACAUGGAAACAAGUGAAGCCAUUGAAUCUUGAUUAGUAUGAAUGUUACUCAAACUAGUCAAAACUACAAAAAAAGAUCACUCAAGUCAUUUUUAACCCAAUCACAUGUUUAGUUUUUGCUGUGUAAUGAUUUAUCUGUAAUAUAUUCUGCCUAAUUUGUCUAUUUAUAUAAUUUUCUCAGUUCAUUUUGGUGUGAGGAGAAAGUCCAUGAUUUAAAGCGGUGAUUCUCAAACACAGGAUAGCCAAUACUCUAGUUCUAAUGCAUUAUUUCUGAUUUAAAUUGUUAUACUACUAUUUUUGAUUAUUUUGAACUUAAUAUGUUUGUGUAAAUGUUAGGAAUACAUGGAGUAGAAUCUUCACAUUGAACAUUUUGUGCAAAAAACAUUAAAAUCCACUCUGUUUUGUUGAAAUUUUGCGAUUCAUUUUGUAAACAUAUUUGGUUAACUUUUAAAAUGAUAAACUUCCCUUAAAUUUCAAUCAUUAAACAGGCUUGAGUUGUAGCUUCAAACUUAUAAUUUAGCUUCUUUAUCAACAUUUUUUUUAAAGUUAUAUUUGCAAAAUUGUGUGAACAUUUGAUCUGUCUCCCUCUUCACAGCUCAAAACUCCCAAGUCCCACCUUGUGAUGUCACUAGGUGGUAUCCAGGAAGUGCUCCAACUAUGUUAAAAGUCCAUAGUACACUAUUAUAAGGCCCAUUCUAAUAAUUUAAACAUUGGGGAAAAAAAACACUUAUCAUAUCUACCUUAGCAAUUCAAACUCUUAGUUCAGUCCUUAGUUCACCUGCAAGUGGAGUCUUUGCACCCUCUGCUGGUCUAUUUUUGUAUGAACCAGGACUUUAAAUACAUUUACAUUAACAAUUCAGACUUUUCUUGGGGGUUCACCACAUGUUUGUCUUCAUGUAAAUAUAACUGUUGAGCUUGGAAUGUUCCGCAGCAUGGCAUUACACUUGUCAAUAUUUGUAUUGAUCUAUAAUAACAAUGCAACGAACUGGUGGAGUCUCAAUGAAAAUGGAUUUAAUGCCUUACUGUGGGGUAUUUCAGGGAACAUGACAACAUUUCCAUGGAAACAAGCAGUGGAACCUUGAAUAGAAAGGUUACACAGUGCAUCUUUAAAAAAAUACACAAAGUAGUAUUAAACUUUGAGAACCGUAUUUACUGAAGUUGGACACUGGUAUGAAAUGAACCACUGAUCUGACCUGUACUGGACAUUGUGAGGAGAGAGAGUGCAUCUUAUUUUGAUCCAUGUAAGUUGAAGAAUUGUUUGUAGGAUUUAUUCGUUUUGCCAAAUGAUGUGAAGUUACCCCGUUUUUGGAAGUGUAAACUGUGAAAAACGUUAUUUUGUUGUUGAUGUCAAAUUGAAAGUAAUAAUUUGAUACAUUUGCUCAAAUAAAUGUGUUGAACUCA